AAAACCCUGAUUUACAUGGAUUUGUUAUUGAAUUUCUAUACUCCAAGUCCAAAUAGGGUUUUCAAUUUCGUGAUUUUGGACUCAAAACUGGUUGCAAAUUGCAAUUGAAUGAUUAAUUAACGCUUCUUCGAUUUCAUACACUCAACUAUACAUACUUUGCAGACGAAUUUGGGGUUUCAAAUUCCAUUCCAAUGUCUGACGUCGAAAAUCAUACCUUCCAUCGUGGUUCUUCAAAAUCUUCCCCCGAUAAGUGUUGGUCAGAUGAGAUGACGAUGUUUUUAAAUUACUACCUCAGUCAAAUUCUCAUGGAUCUGGUCGUGAGAGUACGAGGAUGAGGAAGCAAGAUGGAGAGAGGAGAGAUUUUCAUGACCGCCAUCACAGAGACUACAAGGAUGGAGGCUUUAACGGAAGGGACAGAUAUAACAGUUAUAAUCGUCAUCGCAGCCGUGAUUAUGAUAGGCAUAAUGACCGUGUUAAAGAUGGUGAAAGAAGGCACAAAUAUGAAACACAUUCUAAGAGAUCCCGGGGAGAAUCUAGAUCCCCAUCCAGAUCCCCUUCUCGUUCAGAGAGCAAAAGGAUCUCUGGCUUUGACAUGGCACCUCCUUCUGCAGAUGGCACAUCUACUGUUUCAGAAGAAGAAGAAGAAGAGGUCGAAGUUGAAGAAGAGGAAGAGGAAGAGGAGGAGGAAGUGGAAGAGGAAGAAAUCAAGGAGGAGGAAGUCGAGCAGGAGGAAGUCGAGGAGGAGGUAGAGGAGGUGGAGGAGGAGGAGGUAGAGGAGGUGGAAGAGGAGGAGGAAGUGGAUGAGGAGGAGGAAGUGGAAGUGGAGGAGGAAGUGGAAGUGGAAGAGGAGGAGGAAUUGGAAGAAGAGGUGGAAGAGGAAGAGGAAGAGGAAGAGGAAGAGGAAGAGGAAGAGGAAGAGGAGGUGGAGGUGGAGGUGGAAGUGGAAGAGGAAGAGGAAGAGGAAGAGGAAGAGGAAGAGGUAGAGGAAGAGGAAGAGGAAGAGGAAGAGGAAGAGGAAGAGGAAGAGGAAGAGGAAGAGGAAGAAGAAGCAGCAGAGGUGGAACAGGAGGGCAAAGGGGCAGUGCCCAAUUCUCUACCUGAUGCCAUCAUUGAUGACAAAGGGGCUGUGCCGGAUUCUCUACCUGAAGUAGCAGUUGAGGUGAAACAGGAGGACAAUUGGGCAGUGCCAGAUGCUCUACCUGAAACAGUUGAGGUGAAACAGGAGGACAAUGGGGCAGUGCCAGAUUCUCUACCUGAAGCAGUUCAGGUGAAACAGGAGGACAAUGGGGCAGUGCCAGAUUCUCUACCUAAUGGCAACAAUGAUGGCAAAGGUUCGAGUCAACUUAUGGGGAAAGAGAAGAACUUGGGGUCAGUUUCGUCUGCCGCUGAAAACCUUGAAGUAAUGGCACCAUCUACUAACCAUCACAUGGGAGAGAAUAAUGCCAUGCUUAAAGCAUCUGUUCCUUCAUAUGAGACGCCAACGCUGAAAAAGGGGGAGUUUCACCCAAAUCUUGAAAUUUCUAGUCAAUCAAAAUCAAGAGAAAACCUGAUUUCUGCUGAACAUGGCAACAGUCAAGGAUUGGAUAUCGAUGUUAAAAAUGCUGGAUCACUUAUACAGGGGAAAACCCUCAGAGUGUGCGGUGAACCAGGUAGCAAUAGUAAAGCUUACUUAUACGGUGUUGAGGACAUAGAUUCUAGGACUAUCAAGUCAUCUUGUGAUGCUGAAAAAGAUGAUGUUAUUGGUCUUCCACCAAGCCAUUGCUUUGUUGAGGAUGCUGAUGGUGAUCAGAAUUCUAAGAACAAAGUUUUGCAGUCAGAGAUGGAGUCAAGAAUUGAUGUGAAACAAAUGACAUCAAGGAGGACUAUAAGUCUGUCUCCCCGUGCUGAGAUUAAAGAUGGAAACAAACGUAUAUGUGAUUUUUUUGCUAAAGGAUGGUGCAUCAGGGGUAGUUCUUGUACCUUUCUUCAUAUAAAGGAGGUUGUGAAUAAUACUGAUCGGGAGGCCGAGGUAGACUUUGUUGAUGCACAUCAGAUGCGAGGCUUAAGCUUGGAAGAAGGUGUUAAGGACAAUGUUCACACAUCAAGAAUGAAUGAGGAAGAAGCAAGUCUAAGUUGGCAUCGAUCUCAUGAAAAUCAGAAGUUUCUGCCAAGAGACAACUUGUUUCCGGAGAACAGAUUUGCCUUUAAUGCAUCAAACAAAUAUAUCAGCCCAAACCUUUCCUCAUAUUCAUCCCGUGCAGAGCCUUUUGUUGGUUCAUCUAGGGUUUCAUCACAUUCCUCUGGAUAUAAAUCUAAAAUCCGUUCUUAUGAUUGGGAGCCUUCCGUACCAUUUCAACCAUCCUUUUUUAUUACUUCUAUGAAUGCAUCCAUCCCUAGAGAUCUUUAUGGCCCUGUCCGAGACAGAAUUGAGAUACUUAAUAUAGGAGAUGGGUCUUUGAAAGCCACCAUUUUAACUGAAGGACCAGCUUCAUCACAGGUACGAACAUACGCUGCUGUAGUUGGGAAACAUAUGUCUGAUCUUAAUGAGGACAAAAGCUCAGUGUCUUCUCAUAAUAGAUUUUAUGAAAAUGAGCCCAACAAAAGUUGUGUUCCUCGUGAAAAAGAUUGUCUUGCAACUGAAACAGAGAUAACAUCAGGAACUUAUGAGAACUACCAAAAUGGUAAAAUAGGCAUGGGACAACAUACCUUUGGUGUCAAAGAUGUUAUGAAACCAGAGAAAGGAAGGGCUGAGCAUGAUACUAGACAUCAUGGUGAAGGAUCAAGUCACAAAAAGAGAAGAGUAGAAAUGGAUAAGAAAAUUCAUGAAAUGGAUGUUGACUUUCAAGCGAAUGGAAGUAUGCAGAAAGAAACAAGGGAACUGAGAAAUUUUCGUGCGGCUCUUGUUGAUCUCGUAAAAGAGUUGUUGAAACCAUCUUGGCAUGAGGGCCGUCUCAGCAAGGACUCGCAUAAUCUGAUAGUUAAAAAAUCAGUUGACAAGGUCAUUAGCACCUUGGAGCCUCACCAGAUUCCGACCUCUGUAGAUACUGCUAAGCACUAUGUGACUUCAUGUCGGGGGAAAAUUGCAAAGCUGGUCACGGGAUAUGUCACUAAAUAUGGCAAAUCUUGAUAUGUCACUAAAUAUUCCCAAACAUGUUGAAGUUUGCAGAUGCUUGUGGUAUACCAGCAGCUCGUGUGACGAAGAAACAAGACCUUUGAGCAGCAAUUCAGAAAAUGCUGGAUACUCCUGGCCCCUACCUUCUUGAUGUCAUUAUACCACACCAAGAGCAUGUUUUGCCCAUGAUUCCAAGUAAUGGUACCUUCCAGGACGUGAUAACUGAGGGUGAUGGCAGGACUAGUUACUGAUUUGCUGUGUCAAAUUUAUCUUGAUACUGGUUUUGUAUAAUAGUAAGCUAUCAGCUCCUUUUUUUUUUUGGAAGACAGUCUCCCCUAUUGUUUGAUUUUUUUUUUGAUAAGCAAUGAAAUGAUGUAUAAGAAAGAGGCACAAGGGGUGCCAACCCUUACACAAAAAUAAUAAGUACAUGAAGAAACAGAAAGAUAACAGAACUGUAGAAAAUAAAACAGCAAAAUGGAUGGGAGCGAAUGGAAAACAGAACAGAUAGGAAACAGGGGAAAAACUAUGAUAGGGCCCUUCAAAGAUAGAAAACAGCCUUCCAUACAGUUCGAGGGUCAGGCCAGGCAGCUGCAAUAAUUUUCUUUCCCUUCAAAGUAACCAAACUAAUCAACAUCUGGUCUUUCUCAAGUGGAUAAGACACUUCUACAUAGCUUCCCCUAUUGUUUGAUAACUGGUCUGUUGGGCCUAGCAUUUUUGGUGGACUUGUUAUCUUUGUUAUCUUUUUUUUUGAUACUAAAGGGGGCAAAGCCCAUUAUCUUUGUUAUAUUUCUUUUUCCUAUCUUGUUCUUUGUAAAUUGCUUAUGGGUUGAAGUAUACCUUUGGGUUUCUUAUCA